AUGGUAAGCAAUCAACCCGAAAUGGCGGGUCGCGUCCGGCUUCAGGAUGGCACCGGUGCCACGCUCCUGGUGCCCCAACCAUCGUCCGACCCCAACGACCCCUUGAACUGGUCGAGAGCCUUCAAGAUAUACGUUGCCCUGCUCACCUGUACUGCGUUGAUUUGGGUCAAUUUCUUCGCAGCUGGCCCAUCAACUGUGUUGAUCGAAAUUGUCAUCGAUCUCUUUGGCACGUAUCCCCCUGACCCUACCAAUCCCGCCACACUGUCUCCAUCUUCCAUUGCAAGUUUCUCGUCCGCGGUAACUAAGGCCGCGCUACUUUUCUCUACGGCCUCCGCCGCUGCUGGUGUGUCCAACCUCUUGUGGGUACCUCUUGCUCUCAAAUAUGGCCGUCGAGUUGUGUAUACUUGUUCCUCUCUGGCUUUUGGGGUCUGUUGCAUUUGGUCGGCACGGGCGACGACCUACGGCAGUCUACUUGCUUCGAGAAUAAUUGGAGCGUGGUUUGCUGGGAGCACCGAGUGUGUUGCUCCACUUACGAUUACUGAUAUAUUCUUUCUGCACGAGCGAGGGACAAUGACUGCGAUGUAUUCUGCUUCGCUCUCUACGGGUGCUGCCUUUGGAUCGUUCAUUGCGGGCCUCAUGUCUAUCUCGCAGAGCUGGAGAAACUUCCAUUACCUGUGUGCUGCGUUGGUUCUGGCCACCACCACCUUGAUGUUCUUCACCAUGCCCGAAACCGCAUUCCAGCGAGAGGCAAACAGUCCCGAGACAGCAACAACGGAGUCAACAUCCAAAGCGUCAAAUGUAUGUGAGGUGGAGCACGUCCCGCCACAGUUCGCAUCCAACGUGUCCAAAAAAUCAUCUCUCCAGCGUCUCGCUGGUCCUCGUGCUUCUUCCCCUGUCCUUUGGUCCACCGUCUCCUUCGGUGUCGGGAUCGGAAUCUUCGUUGUCAUGGGCACGACUGCGGCCAACGCUCUUACGCAGGUAUACCACUUUACCGUCUGGCAGGUGGGCUUGGUUUGGAUUGCGAGUAUCAUCGGGAAUCUGCUCGGGAUGCCCUUUGGGGGUUACUUCUCCGACUAUGUCGCGAAUCGCUCAACAUCGAAAAACGGGGGCAUCCGCGAGCCCGAGAUGCGUCUUCCCGCUGUGAGCGUGGCCAUGCUCUGCUAUCCGGGCUCACUCCUCCUCUACGGCCUUGGAAUCUACUACAGAGUACACUACAUGGUUCCUACUCUUGGUCUCUUUUUAUUUUCCUUUGGCAGUAGUGCGGCAAUCGGUGUGACUGUCACGUACACGAUCGAUAGUUACCGAGCCAUUGCAGGUGAGGUUGUCGUUAGCCAGGUUGCCUUUAAAUCCGUCAUCGCAUUCCUCAUGUCCUUCUACACGAACCCCUGGGUCGACCGCGAUGGGUACACAGGGGCCUUUGGCACCAUGGCCGGCAUCAGCUUCUUUGUCCUUGCCUUGUGGAUUCCGCUCUACGUGUGGGGAAAGAGGAUCCGUCAUGCGACUUUCAAAUGGCGAGUUAUGAGGCUUGCGCACUGGGCUUCUGAUCGGGAGAUGGGGGAAUAG